AGGAGCCUGGGGAAGGCCUCGCUCCGCGGCCGCAGCGAUCGACUGCCAGGGCACAGAGACGUACAGCUUAGGACUCCGGAGCUCGGCGAGCUAGAGACCCCUCGGGCGAGUGUGCGGAGCGGGAAGGCACUCGGGGGUGCGCGCUCGGCCCCGCCGUGAGCGCGCGUGUGCCUCGGGUACUGCAGGGAGGGGGCCCUCGCUCGCUCUGCCUCCCUCGGCCUCCGCCCCGCCGUCCCCGGCCUGUUCUCGUGCAGACCCCUCCCUUUCUCGUGCGGCUCUCGCUCGGUGACUCCGGCGCACGCGCGCUGCCCCUCGCCGAGGCGGAGGGGGUGGACCGCCCGGGAGCGCAGGGGCACGGGAGCGCGGGAGGCGCCCUCGGUCCCGGAGGCUGCGCUAGCGCAAAAACUGUCCGACUCUGGCGGAGCCGGCUCCCGGAGCGGCGCGGCGCUGACCGACGUGCAUUGGCCGCACCGCCCCUUCCUCCGCUCUCCUCUCCCGUCCCCUCUGCGCUUCUACAUCCCAGAGCUGGAUAAAGGAGCGGGGGAACGCCAGGCUGACCUUGCUGCAGAGGGGCGGAGCGGGCCGAGGCGGGCCGGGGAGAUGACUUCUCUCCUGCGCGGAGGCUCCCCAGCAGGCGUCGGGCAGGAGGGCUCGCCGCGCCAGCGCCCCAGGAUGGGAAGAAACAGACGGAUGUGCCCUACCUAGAAUUCCAUUUCCAGUGAAGAGAAGUUGGUGACUGGUAGUCUCCAGGCAGUGCGUGGUCUAGAGCAGACAGAUCCCCGAUCCCAGCCAUCGCUUCGGCCAUGGCCCGAGCCAAUGUAUGGAACCGUCUUAGAUCUUGGUGGAAAAAAGAUGAUACGCCUCCAUUUCUAAAUGACACUAGCGCCUUUGACUUCUCGGACGAAGUAGGGGAUGAGGAUUUCCCCAGGUUUAAUAAACUUCGAGUUGUAGUUGCUGAUGACGGCCUGGAGACCCCAGAAACUAUCAAUGGGACCCACCUGGCCUUCCAGACGGAUGAUGAUUCCUUACUGGAUCAGGACGUCCCUUUGCCCAACAGCCAGCUGGGUUUCAAAGUAGACCCCUGUGACAAUUGCCGGAAACAGAGAGAGUUACUGAAACUGAGGAAGGUGAAAACCAGGCUCACCAUAGCCGGUGUUCUUUAUCUGCUCUUCAUGAUUGGUGAACUUGUGGGUGGAUAUAUCGCAAAUAGUCUAGCAAUCAUGACGGACGCGCUUCAUAUGUUAACUGACCUCAGUGCCAUCAUACUUACCUUGUUUGCUUUGUGGCUCUCGGCAAAAUCACCAACCAAAAGAUUCACCUUUGGAUUUCAUCGUUUAGAGGUCUUGUCAGCUAUUAUUAGUGUUCUGUUGGUUUAUAUACUUAUGGGAUUCCUCUUGUAUGAAGCCGUGCAAAGAACCAUCCAUAUGAACUAUGAAAUUAACGGAGAUAUAAUGCUCAUAACUGCAGCCAUUGGAGUUGCAGUUAAUAUAAUAAUGGGAUUUCUGUUGAAUCAGUCUGGUCACCAUCACUCCCAUUCCCACUCCCCUCCGCCAAACUCUCCUACCACAGGUCCUGGGCAUGGGCACGGGCAUGGACAUAGCCAAGGAAGCGACAGCCUUGCAGUGAGGGCGGCAUUUGUUCAUGCCCUGGGAGACCUGGUGCAAAGUAUCGGGGUGCUGGUAGCCGCCUACAUCAUUCGAUUCAAGCCAGAAUACAAGAUUGCCGAUCCCAUCUGUACUUACAUAUUCUCAUUACUUGUGGCUUUUACAACAUUUCGAAUCAUUUGGGACACAAUAGUUAUUAUAUUGGAAGGGGUGCCGAGUCAUUUGAAUAUAGAUUAUAUCAAAGAAGCUUUGCUGAAAAUAGAAGAUGUUCAUUCAGUAGAAGAUAUGAAUCUUUGGUCUCUCACUUCAGGAAAAACAAUCGCCGUCGUCCACCUACAGCUAGCCCCUGGCAGUUCAUCGGAAUGGGAGGAAGUGCAGUCCAAGGCCAGGCACCUGCUGAUAAACACUUUUGGGGUCUAUAAGUGCUCCAUCCAGCUUCAGAGUUACAGGCGAGAAGUGAGCAAAACCUGUGGAGCUUGCCGUGGUGCCAGUGCCUAAUGCCACGCUUUGGGAACUACAGCCUUAUUUAUCGUGCAAACACUAGCGAGCAGCAAUAAGUGACCAUAUGAAUGAGCGACUGGGAUCCCUGACAGCUCAGCCCGAGUCAAGAAGGAUCACGGUCCACGAGGACCCUUAGAAGAGCCUUGACAGCAUGUAGCCUGGGAGAGGUCAACAUUAAAUGAUCAUUUAACUAUGAUUUUCAGACAGGGAUGUUACCAAAAUAUUGUUUACAGAAUGAGACGUGACUCUGCAGAUACCUCGUAGGCAAAGCGUAAAGAUGCCCUUUGUUAAUAGGAUCACGUAAUGUCACACAACGGCUUUCAAGGAAGAACCCAGAAUUCAGUACUUGCUUUUUUUUUUUUUUAAAGAAACAUUUAAAAGCCAAAUUACUUUGAACAUCAAAAAAGUUUAAAGCGCUGAAUUUUUAAAACUAUGUUGGCUCAGUGGGAUGAGCUGGGGUCACUUUAAAAAAAAUCCUCAAGGUUUUAGGGAGCUCUGGAAAAUAUCAAGAAAUAGAAGCAAAUACGUAUUCCCAAGUGUUCCAUAAAUGUUUUCCUUUAUAAAUAAUUCAGAAUGUCAUUGGUCUGUUUCUGCCUUACAACUUUUAUUUUUUCCAGAUGUUAGAAACAGGGCUUUGAAUCUCAAGGCAUGAUACGUUUUAAUUGUUAUCUUCUAAGGCAGAGCCAAACACACUUUAACGUGAUUUGUUGGUCAUCGUCAUUAAAAUCAUUUAGGAAAUAUUUCCAGUGUUAUUCUGCAUUAGGGAAAUUAUAGUUUUAAAUUGUGAUCAUUUAAUUUGAAAUAAGGGACAGAAGGAUGGUGUUGAAAGUUUCCAGAACCUAUACUAACUAAACUAUUUUGUUAUUAAGUGAAUUAAAUUUGACUGAAGCUAAAAACCGAACCAGUAAUUCACUGCCCUUUUUAGACCCUUUCAUUCUAUAUAUCCCAUUGGUUUGGCUCCUACCUACUUAAACAUGAGGUAAAUAUAUAACCUGUCCAAUGGCCCUUCCAACAUAAAACUCUAUGAGGCUCAGCUUUGCACACCCACCCCUCCUACCUACACAGAUUAAUAACCACAUUCUCCCAGAAUUUGGGCCUACCUUUGUGAUGUGGGCCAGUAUAUUAAGAGUCAGGGAUUCUCCGUAGUAGAUAGAUGCCUUGAAGCUGUGUUUUGGUGUAGCCACAGCAAAAAUGCCAAAAUGAGCGCUAUGGAAAAAAUACUUUGUGAAGAUUGCCGCCAAGUCUCAUGUUUUUGGAAGUACCCUGGUGAUAGUUGUUAGCCUUGAAUCAGCCAAAAAGGAAGCGUUGAAAAGUAUGAAACUGAAGACAAGUCUGACUAUGAGUUGAGGACUGCACAGUUUAAGCAAAAUUGAGGGCAAGAGUUGUUAUUUGCUCAAAAUUCACAAGAAGUGUUGGCUCAUUUGUGAAAUAUGUUGAGAAUCAAGUCAGGGAGGUAAUGACAGAUGACCAGGCUUCCAGCUACUGGAAGGAAAUAAGAAAGGAAAUCAGUAUUUCUCCAGCACCUACUAUGUGCCAGGUUCUGUUCUGAACAACUGGCAUUAUCAGAAUCUACGUUAGAAAUCCAGCUUCAUUUGGGAGAAGUACCAGGUUCUAAGGUAAUCAGCUCCUAGUGAGGUUAGGUCUCAAAUCCUGGCCAAUAGAGAUUCCCUCUGGGAACAAAAAUUAGAAAAUUCAUUGUAUCUUAACUAGAACAUCCAAAUUCCAAAAUAUGGUUUAGGGGCAGAAGAUUUCAGAAUAUGAGGCCUAUCUAUAUAAAUUAACUAAACUGUGCAAACUGGGGGUAAUCCUGCACCUGGAAGGCAGAUAGUGGUAACCAGAGAGUGUUUGAGUGAACAUUUGUACACUUGGGGGCUAUGUGUACCAUACUGCAUGGCAUUUCCACCUGCCUCAAGUGGCUUUUUUUUUUUUUGGGUAAAAUGUGGUGGCAUCCUUUGUCCCACCAAUGUCACUUGUACCGCUUAAUCUUAGUCUUCCUCUUAACCUCCUUAGGAGUAUCUGGCUUUUCACAGUAGAUUUGCUCUUGAACGAGGUAUAUAAAGGUGUAUAAAGACUUACAAAAUACAUUGAGGGGUCUUGCUAUGUAAAAGAAUCCUAUUAUGAAUUUUUUUGUAAAAUUGGAAAUCACCUACUUUGUUCUGUAAAUCCGAAUCUUGGUACUGCCUAAAUCAGAGCACACUUAAAUUCUUCUGUAACCCUUCUUUGCAUACAAGGACAAUGCAUUUUAUUAUUAAUUUAUAUCAUAGGAUGGUGACUUUUUGUAACAUAGUAAAGCUUGCUUUAAGAAAGUAAAUUAAUGAUUUUAUGUGAGGUAUGCAACUCCAAAUGACAUCAGAUAGAAUACUGGGGAAUUUAUUUGAAUAGGGCAAUGUAUGGAUAUAAACCCCCAAGCCAGAUAAUGUGCAGUUCAGACUGGCCUUAAAAUACAGUGGCUAAGUUGGUUCCACACAGUGUGGAGAAGAUUGCCUUAGAUGUAACUUUUAUUUGAUCUAAUUUAUUGCAUAUCCUAGGAUUUGGAACUGUCUUUGAACAUAAUUUUUAUAGUUUAGAGUAGGCCAAGGGUCUUAAGCAAGGUAUUUCUUGUUUCACUGAUGAUGCUUUUUACUUGGACGUAAGAUGGAGGUAUAUCUGAAGUAUAGUGGGGCAUGUUUAUGAGGGCUUUGAAGGACAGGGCUGCUGUUAUUUCUGAAAGUGUUCCUCUGACUAUCAUGCUACAGUCAUUUUCAUGUAAAACUACAUGUUUUUGAAGAACUGCAUAUCGUAUUGUUUCUUUGCCACAUGACCAAAUUGAUCUUUCCAUUCUUCUUCCUUUUCUUUGGAUCUUUGGACCUUCUGAAGGCCACUAUCUUCAAGGACAGUUUUCUAGGCUCACUUUUAUGUUCUUCAACAUCUCCUUUACUGCUGGGCUCUUGCCUGGCCCCUUCAAGCCCCCCAGGUCUAAAGUCUUUGGGUUUUUUCAUAGGAUAGACUUGGAUGAGGUCUAAGCCCCUUCUGAGACACUGGAGAGUGGGAGAAGAGAUUUCCUUACCGUUAAUGUCUUUCACAGCCUUAACACCAUUAUUAGAAAUGUAUUUCCAGGUUAGGUGGAAUUCUUUCCCAAUAUUCCCAACCCACACCGCCUGCGAAAUAGUGCGCUUCCUCAGUAGUCUAGGUGUAGUUGGGAUUGACAGAUUGUGAAGAGUUUCCUUCAGCGUUAAACAAGACAGUCAGUUAUUUUUAGGAAACAAACAACCAACAUAUAUCUAUUUGGAAGACAAAAGUGGUUCACAAUUAAAUUGAGUUGAAUAUACAUAUAUAUAUAUAUAUAUAUAAUGGAUUUAUUGGUUCUUCUUAAUUAGUGAGAGGCAACAUGGUUCUAAGGCCAGAAGGCUGGCCUUAGAACCUGGAAAAGUCCUCAUUCUGAUAUAUUCUAGUUACAUGACUAUGGGCAAAUGGCUUAAACUUUCACUAACCCCAGGCAGCUCUCUAAAACUAUAAACUACCACUGAGUUGCACGAAUGGAGGGAGUUUUCCAUGACAGGAGCUCUCUAGUCUGAUGAAAUAAUAGGUAUGGAUCAAAAAAUCAUUGUGGCGAAAGUCCUUCCUAAAAAGCUCAAACGCUUGAUGUGUUCUAGACAAAGUUUUGAACUCAGGCUUAUGUCUGACAUGCAAGACAAUCAGACCAAGGGAUGAAUGCCAGUUAUUUAAUUGCACUUCACCAGAAGAUCCAAAUAAGUGUCAGUUGUAAAAUGGACAGAGGCACCUCCUCAGAUGCUGCAUGGAUAGCUGUGGGCUUUAUCAUGGGGCCUUGUUUUUUGAUUAAUUUGUUCACACAGUUGUAGAAAGGAGUGAAGUCUGUGGUUUUCAAAUUAUGUAUUCAACCCACUGUAUCUAGACAAAAUACACCUCAUUCCUAUUGCAGGCCUGCCUCGUGACUCCAGCUGGCCACUACUUCCAGUCUCUUACAGAUCCCAUUCUGUAAAUAUUUGUUGGUCUUUUCAAGCACUUGAUAUGGGAGCUAGAGAAAGGGUUAUGGGGAUCUCUUUGUUCGAGGUCCUGCAUCUCAGGUACAUGCAGGCCUUCAACUUAGCCAGCCUGAAUUCGAUGGCUUUAUCAAGCCAAGUUUUCCUGCAUACUGUUGCAGAUGUACAAUAAGACCAAUAAAUCUGAGUUUGUCUAAUUUUGAUAAGAUUGGUAAUUAUUGGAGAGAAUUUCUCAGUUUCCGUGAUAGUGUUAAGUUAGAAUAUUUUAGUACAUUUUGAAUUUAUUGUAACACUAAAUUAGAAUGUUCAUAUGAGGACCUUUGCAGGCAAAAAAGGUCUAGUGGCUUUGGGAAGCUUAUGCUUCGUUUUAAAAGUAUAUCAUUAAAUAAGCCAUAUCACAGUUUGAUGGAACUGUGUUUAUACUUUUCCAUAGACCCUUUCAGAAACUGGGUAUUUUGCACAUGUUCGGUUAUAGAAGGAUUUAUUUGAAACAGGGGUUUGUCCAUGUAAUUGGAGAUCAAAGUAUGGUAUAUAUUUACUGUAUCUGAAAUUUUUAAACUGUAAUUUCCUAAACAUUUAUUAAAAUAAAACACAUGGGAAAACAACUUUUCCUUUAUUAAACAGAGUCUACAAUCUCUUUUAAAAACUAGAA